ACCAGACACAGGAAGUUUUCCAUUAAACAAUACAUGAGCCGCCGUAACAGUGCAAUAACAACAUGAGGGAAGGCAGAAAGCAUUUUGACUGGCCUGACUGACGACAUGAAGCUUUGGCUCUUCGCCAGUCUGUCUCUGGCAGUUCUCCUCUCUGCCAAAGUCCUGGCACAGGGCCAGGUGGGAAUCACAUUUGAGAUGGAUCUGGUGCAGGUCCAAACAGGCGCAGAAAUUCUGUUUACAGUGCAGACGUCUGUGUCUGACAUCUUCUCCAUGACUUGGACGUAUGAACCCUCAGAAACACUGGGUUUGUGGUCCUCGAAUACUGCCUCUUACAAUAACGUGCCUCAGUUCCAAGGCAGAAUCAACAUCAGAGCAAACCAGCUUCAAAUCCGAGACGCCCGGCUCGAGGAUGCAGGGAUGUACACAGUGGAGGUGCUUCCAGGCUCUUCAACAAAACUGACCAGAAACUCCAAAAUGGUGCAGCUGAAGGUGUUUGACCCAGUAGUCGGAGUGAUUCUGUCUGUUCCUUCACAGCCAGUGGAGGAGAAAAACGUGUCUCUGACUUGCACAUGGAGCGGUGGGACAGAAGUUACUACCCAGUGGGCCAAAGAUGGCACCGCCAUCACACCUGAUUCCAGAAUCAUCAUCUCCGUUGGCUCUUUGGUAAUCAACCCAGCCAGUCGGGAUGAUACUGGGGACUACACUUGCACUGCCAGCAACAAUGUCAGCGCUCAGACUUCCACAAAGCGCCUCACUGUCUACUAUGGACCUGACACCCCCGUCCUUACUGUUGACUCACCAAAAGAGUGCGUUGGUGGAGGGGACGUGAAGGUGGGACAGACGGUGCGUCUUACCUGUACGUCUGACUCGCUUCCCCCUGCCACCUUCUCAUGGCAGCGAGCUGGACAGACUAUCUCAUCUGGUGGUGGCAGCGGGGUGCUCAGCCUCCAGACGUUCUCGACUAAUGAAAGUGGUCAGUACGUGUGCACGGCCACAAACACCAUCACCAGGGGCACGUCGACUCAGGGCUACGACUUGGCCAUUGUGGAGGAAUGCUUUAAUGGAGGAGAAGUUGCAGGGAUUGUGAUCGGUGCUUUCCUGGCUCUCCUACUUAUUGUGCUCCUCAUUGUUUUCCUUGUUGUUCGUAUGAAAAGGAAUAGAGAGCGGGAACUAGGAAGAAAUGUUGUGUUUGUUCAGGAAGUGGAUCCAAUUCGAAGAACAGUUCCUCAAGAUCCUCAAACUAAUUUCGUAAGGAAUUUGGAUCGAGGUCUCCAGCCUCCUCUCUAUGAGCCGCGCAGACAAGAAAACCAGCCUGAGCGCUUAAUCACCAACAACCUUGAAAACCGGGCGAACCUACGGGCAACAGCUAUGAAUCGUUCACAGGACUUUGAAAUACAGCAACAUAAUAGCCGCAACCUUACAAACUCACUUUUACCAAAUGCCACUCCGAAUUCGAACCCAAAUAAUAGCUUUGACAAUCCGGCUUUCACACCUCUGGAUUCUCCGAAUGCAAACAGGGCCUUGAACUUGCAACAGCAGCAGCAGCAGAAUCCAAAUGUUUUGAUUCAGACCAUGCCGGGGCAGGGUAGCAACCAGCCCCCAGCUGUUCAAGUCAGCCUCAAUGCACUACCAAACUCUAAUAUCCCAAACAGCAAUGCUCAACUUCCUACUAUCAAUGUUAACCUCAACUCAUAUCCAGGCAAUGGCCAAACACCUCUGCAGGAAAGCUCUUUUCCUCCUGAUAAUCAGGCCUUUAAUGGAGUUAGACAAACGCAAAAUAACUUCUCAGAUACAAGGCAGUUAAACCAUGCAACACAAAGCAGACGGUCCUAUCCGAAUAACCGGAGACCAGAUGGUCAUGUUAACCCAAAUUUUCAAGGUGAACCUGGCCUUAUUCCAACUGGAUAUACACAUUUUAACAAUAAUAUCACAACUCAGCGAAAUGAAACUACACAGACGUACCAGCAGGACCCAGAGUCUCACAGGAGACCAGACAGAGAGUCAAGACAACAUGAGUCAACGCCAAGAUCCAGACAGAGACAGAUCCCAUGGGAUCUUCUCAGAGGAACACCAGCGUACCCCAGUGGGACUCCUGAAAGAGCAAGAGCACAUAUCCAACCUGAAUCUACUUCUGAUUUAGAUUACAGCGCGGACUACACUAUCCGUCCCCCAAUACGGGAGGGAAGGACAUUAAACAGAACGCCUCCUCAGAACCAAACCGUUACAAGGCGUAGAACUCCGCCCAGACAUGAUCCACCCUCAGAGGAUAGUCAGACUCAGACCUAUCAUGCUGAUGAUCGCCACCCAAACACUACCAAUGUUACGCCGCCUGGGCGCUCACACCGCACACAGAGAAGCCCCCGAACAGACAGAGAAAAUACUCAGCGAGAGAUCAGAGGUAGCCAGAGUGCCCUCAGGCAGGAAACGACUCACAGCAGUUACCCCCAGGCUAUGCCUCUCAUGAGCCAACAGGCCUCUGCAGGCCAUACUGCUGUGUCCCAAGAACCAGCAACACAACAAGGGCCAACUACAUCACAAAGCACAGAUACAAGGGCUUUGGCUGAUCCCAACCACCUUCAGCAGCCCCACAUGGAACAGCAACACAUAGCUGCACCAGCCCAAACACGGCCAGGUCGGAACACACACACACAGCCUGUCAUGCAGGGUGCCAUCCAGCCUAUUCGUGGGGGCGCCAAUCCUGUCCCUGUACCUCCUGCUCAGCCUAAUCCCAGUAACCUAACCCAGGCAGCACUAAAAGCCCACACUGAAAGAGCUAAAGUAUUCCAGAAUCGGAGACAGCAAACACAGGCAACCCUGAUUCACUCUGGCGCAGUGCAGAUUGGAGCUACUGCUGCAGGGGGUCGGCAGCCACCUGCCCCUCCCCCUCCCAUCCCCCUGGCAGAGUUCCAAACUCUCCCCAAGGCACGUACCCAACACAAAUCCCCAACAAGGGUUCCCCAGCCUCUCAGACAGAACAUGCCAGCAGCUCAGCGACACCAUGGAGCACCUCGCCACAACACCGCCAUGCCUCACAACCAUCACGGGCACGUGCAUGCAGGUGCACACAGGCACGGUCAUGUGCACGCUCGCGGCCAUGGGCAUCCCGCCCACGCUGCCACAUGGCAGCAACAAGCCCACAGAGGAAGACCAAGAUGAUGACAGAUGUCGGCAGACGAGGCUCUGUAACUGUCCCGCGUGUGCUGUCACAAACAAACAGCUGACAGACGUGAUCUAAUGUUCCGCCAAGCAGGACCGACUCCACAGAUUUUUGCUCUCCAAAAAAAGCUGUCAUUCUAUGCAUGUGGGUUCAGGAUUCAUUCUUCCUGCAAAGAAAAUGAACACAUCACUCAUGGAGAUAUGCUGUUAGUACAGUGUUUUCCUUUAAAAGACACAUAUCUCUCCUUCGAGAGUUUUACUAAAUUAAAUUAUCUGAAUGAUUCCUUAGUUAUAUUAACUAAAAGCUGCACUAUAAGGAUCUCUGCCUGUUCCACAGAGCCACAUGUAAUGUGCUGUUUUCAUUCUCAACUUACUGCUCAUACAUCAAAAUUUGCUCAGAGUGCUAAAAAAAAAAGUUCAAUGAUCAAUGGCUCCUGACCAUGUUCACAUCCUCCCAUCCAUUCAUCAACAGAACUAAACAGCUCUCCUGUGAUAAAUUGCUCAAGAAGUCCUUUCAUGAAUAUCUGUGAGCACCUGGACCAGCAGUGGUAAAUGGAAAAGGGACAAGAUGGACUCGGCAGCUAGGAGUGGUGACAGUUAUGAAAGAAGAAAUUAGCAGUAGGGGUGGUCUUGACUCGCACUGAGCUAUUUAUUUUGUGCCUUCUGUUAGCGGAUGCCUCUUCUGACACUUCUCAAUUAAGAGGAUUCGCCUCACUGGUGCUCGGAAAUAACGCUUAGCUUCACAAGGAGGGGGAUCCCAUGAACGGAUGGGCGCUUAUUAAUUAAAUGCUUUUAUGUGACUUAAAUGGCUUGGAAAAUAAUCACACUCAGGCAUGAAUGAGGUCAGCACAAAGCCCUAUACAGUUGCAUUUUUCUGCUGAAAAAGCAGUAUGAUCAUUUUGCUGGGUCAUAGAACUUUUUAUUGUUUAUGUAUUUAUUAUUUAUGAUGGUUGUGCUUUCUGAAGAGAAAAGUGUCGUAGAGGAUUUAUUAUUGAGAAGAGAUCAAUUGAUCUCAGACACUUUAAAGAUAAACUAGAUUGCACUGUGUAUUUUGCUUACUGGGUACUAUUGAUUGAUCCAAAACGUUGGAAGACUGGCAGAAACCAAGAAAAAUACAUGCUAUGAAUUGCUCUGAGUGCUUUUCACUCCCUCGUUUAAAAGGGUCCACAGCAGAAGCAGUAUUCACUGCAUGUGAUGUCUGUUUCAAGCUCCAGCUCCGGUUUGUUUGCAGAAAGUACUCAAAUAUGUAGUGUGAAUAGGAAGUCUGUUCAUUCAGGACAUAAUGAGCAGUCUGGUUUUUUACCUGCUGUAGGAAGCUGUCAGAAAUAUCUUAGUUUGAAAGGAUGAGUAUUAAUUCUCACUUGAGCCUCAAGCACACAGUUAAUCACAGUCUUAAAAAACUAAAAAAAAGACCUUAAGCAUCCCCUCCCAUUUCAAACAUUUUAUUGCUGUGAUGCUUAAUGCUUUGUUCAUUUUCUCUACUCUUGUGUUUUAUUGAAAUACCAGUUCAGAUCUGAAGUAUGGGCUUAGAGGCACAGUAAAGGCAUUUGAAAUUAAUUGGUAUCAGAGCUCCUGACUGUGCUGAUUGUCGAUGCCUGUCGCUGUUGAGCUGUCUGUGGUCUUAUAGUAGCUGCAGCCAUAAGAAGCUGUUGGCUCUGUUUAUUGUGGCAUAUUGCUGCAAAAAAUGUUUUUCCCAUAUUGCAAAACUGAAACCAAGACACUGAGAAUAAAACUUUCCUAUUAGAUAAGCAGGCAACCUAUGGAGUUCUGCUACAAUCUAAACUUUCAAGAACUUGAAAGAACAAGUCAUAUGUGUCUUUAGAAACAAAAGGCAGUUCUGCAGAAAUCCCAGAAUUAAUAAAGUAUUUUUCAACAUCAAGGAAAAGGUUUCCAGUAAUAUGAACACUGCAUUGUCAUUUAGGAGUGGCAUGCAAAAUACUGAUGUAGACCUUAUACCACUGUUGAAAUGUUUCCUAUGUUAU